CGCAGGUUUUGGUAGUCUUCAGUGAUCGCCAUGUCGUCGUCGUCGAUGGCGUCGUCGCCGGCGGCGCCGGAGCCGCCGUUCCGGCCGAGGGAGAGGCUGGUGGAGAAGCAGAGGUACUUCCAGAGCGUGCGCAGGCCGACGUACCUGAAGGGGCGCUACGACGCCAUCACCUCCGUCGCCAUCCCGCUCGCCCUUGCCGCCUCCAGCAUGUUCCUCGUUGGCCGAGGGAUUUACAACAUGUCUCAUGGCAUCGGGAAGAAGGAAUGAACGAACAUGAUCUCGGUGACAGCGUUCUGGAAAUGGAGCAGCUCGAUGUUGUGUGCCACAGUGACAGUGUGUCAGCCACAUAAUACAUGUAUGUAGCCUCCUGUGUGUAGUACCGUCGUGUUGGAUUUGGAUGUAGAUUAAUAGAGUAGAGUAUAUAUCAUGUAAACGUGUUGCACUCCAACAGAAGUGGAUUGCGCUGCCUACUUAUUUGAGGUUAAUGAUCGAGUGAAUGAUUGGAGCGUAGAGAUCGAACAGCUUAGUUUAACCGAGAGCGAUCAUGCACCACCAAUCACGCAUGUUUGGUGGAUGAGCUUUCGUUAUGUUUCCGACAGAGAACACAUGAGAUGGUUCUGUCAGAACUGCAUUCGAUUCGAGUUGGAACAGACAGAGACAACGACCCGACCGUCCUCCGUCCGUUCGUUGCGUAAGUCUAAAUGGAGAUGCAACGACGCAUUAUCUAA